GAGUUAAAGAUGCACUCUGUUAUCGUCGAACCAAUUAUUUUAAAUUUUGAAAAUUAUUCUAGCUUUAUUAAGUUAAAACGUAGUUUCGCAUAUGUAUUAAGAUUUCUAAAUAAUAUUAGAUAUCCUAGCGCUAAAAUGACAGGCAAUUUAUCACAUGCAGAAUUAGAUAAAUCGUUUACAAGGCUCGCUAUUUUAAGUCAACAGAGUUCAUUUGCACAAGAAUAUACUAACAUUUCUAAGAAAUUACCCAUCAGCACCAAGAGUAAACUCGCAGCCCUAAGUCCAUUUUUCGAUGAAGAUAAAUUAAUACGAGUAGGCGGUCGACUCGACGCAGCAGCGUGCGGGUACGACCAGAAACACCCGAUCAUUCUAGAUGGCAGGCAUCAUUUAACAAAAUUAUUGUUUCGUUUCGAACAUAGUCGGCUGAUGCACUCGGGUCCUCAGGCCUUGUUGUAUUCUAUUAGAGAAACAGUAUGGCCACUGGGGGGAAGGUUACUAGCGCGGCGCACGGUGCGCGAUUGCGUAGUUUGCACUCGCCACCGCGGGCGAACGAUGACGCCCGUGAUGGGAAACCUACCUAAACAACGUGUAACGCCUGCUUUCCCGUUUCAUACUAUAGGAAUCGACUUCGGGGGACCAUAUUCAAUGUUAAAUAGAAAGGGUCGCGGUGCUAAAACUUCCAAGUGCUAUUUAUGUAUUUUUAUAUGUUUUCGCUAUAAAUGUGUACACUUGGAAGUAGUUAGCGAUUUAUCAAAAAAUGGCCUAAUUUCGGCCCUCAAUAGAAUGAUUUCUAGGCGUGGAAGACCGGCGGAGAUUUUCUCUGAUAACGGCCGGAAUCUAGUCGCAGCUGCUAGGGAAAUCACUAACUUCUUAAAAAAUAAUCCCGUCUUAUCAGAUUUCGCAGCAGAUGAGCAAAUAAAAUUUUCAUUUAUACCUGCUUAUGCACCUCACUUCGGCGGAUUAUGGGAGGCGGGAAUCAAGUCUGCCAAAUAUCAUAUCAAAAGAUAUAUGGGGAACAGCAACUUUACAUUUGAAGAAUUAUGUACGCUUUUUUCACAAGUGGAGGCUAUACUGAAUAGUCGCCCCCUGUAUCCCUUGUCUUCCUCUCCUAACGACUUUCUCCCUCUUUCUCCAGGGCACUUUCUAAUCGGUCGGCCUCUGACUGCGCUUCCGUCACCGCCCAUCGCAGACCUGAGCUCCAGCAGUCUCGAUCGUUACAAGAGGCUGGAGAAGGUGCGACAGCAAUUUUGGAGUCGCUGGCAGAAGGAGUAUAUAAGCGAGCUGCAACAACGCACGAAGUGGCGUACUAGCCACGAUAAGCUAAGUGAAGGUGAUCUCGUCUUGCUUCAAGAAGACAACGUCGCGCCCCUAAACUGGCGUCUAGGCCGAGUCACCGCCCUGCACCCGGGGCCAGACGGGAUCACUCGUGUUGCAGACAUCCGCACCGCCCGUGGAGUAGUACGACGAGCUCUAACCCGCAUUUGCCCCUUGUUCCCUUCAGUGUCUUAAACGCUUUGCGUUUCAGAGGGGGGAAUUAUGUUAACGCCAAAGAAUGGCAUUGUUGAUAGUGCGGUCGAACCCUACCCUCUGCUACCGUGGACUUUAACUUAUAACAGAUAUGUCAUCUGUAUUAUUAUUAUAUAACGUCAUUUUAUCUACCUUGUCUAUGACAAUUUGUAUUUAAAAGAAAGAAUUAAAUUAUAACGGACACUCCGCUGUAAAAAUCCGAAAUAGUUGUUU